UUGGAAAAACCCUAUUCCAAAAUCCAGACUGGUCCCCACUAAACCAUCUUCACCUCCUCCGCCGAUUACCUUUCCGCCGCCGCCACCAGUCCACCACCGCCGGAAGGCCAUGGUGGUCGUCUCCCACCUGCGAGCGGCCCUCUCCCGCAUCGUUCGCUCCCCAUCCCGCCUUCCUGCAUCCCCGUGCGCCCCUCCCCUCGUCUUCCCCCAUCGCCUCUUCCCCUCUUCCGCCGCUGCCGCCGCGUCCUCUUCCGACUCCUUCUCCGUGAAGGACUACCUCGUCUCCCGCUGCGGCCUCACCCAGGCGCAGGCGCUCAAGGCCGCCCCGAGGCUCUCCCACCUCCGGUCCCGCGCCAAGCCCGAAGCAGUACUCACCUACCUCGAGAGUACCCUCGGCGUUCCCGCCGCCGACAUCGGGAGGGCCGUCGUCAUGGACCCAAGUUUCCUCUGCUACAACGUGGAGCGGACCCUGGCUCCGCGCGUUGCCGAACUGCGCGGCCUCGGCCUGUCGCCGGACGAAAUCGCGCGCCUCGUCCCCCUUGCUCCCAACUCCUUCCGUAGCAGGUUCCUUCGCGACAAUGUCGAGUUCUGGGUGGCCCAUUUCGGAUCCUUCGACAGGCUCCUGCGGGUCCUUAGCUGGUGCUCCGGCCUUCUCACGCGGGAUCCCGACAAGACUGCCAGGCCCAAUGUGGCGUUCCUCCGGCAAUGCGGCCUGGACAUUUCUAAGGUUGCUUGUGCCCCUAGGUUCUCCGCUCUGCUGUUCACCAUGAACCUGGAGCUUGUCAAGGAGACUGUCCAGCGAGUGGAGGAGUUGGGCAUAGAUCGUGGCGCGAGGAUGUUCCACCACGCGCUUGCUGUGCUUGCUUUUAUUGGCAAGGAGGUUGUUGCUAGGAGAAUACGGCUGUUACACAGCAUUGGGUUCUCGAAGGAUGAUGUGCUGGCGAUGGUGAGGAAGCAACCUCAUGUUCUGGGUAUGUCUGAGAAAAAGCUUCAGGGAAAUAUGGAUUUCUUGACGAGGGAUGCUGGUCUGGAGGUACCAUAUAUUGUGCGAAGGCCAGCACUGCUCAUGUAUAGUGUUGAGCGGCGAUUGUUGCCCCGGCAUAGCUUGCUUAAAAUUCUCAAGGCGAAGGAACUGUUGAAGGAUGACCGAGACUACUAUGCUACCGCCUCGGUGUGUGAGAAGAUUUUUGUGGAAAAGUUUGUGCAUCCUUUCAAAAAACAAGUCCCAGGCGUUAUCGAUGACUAUGCCUCCAAAUGCUUGGGGAAGGUGACGAAUGGAAUUGCAUAGUCAAAAGACUGAAUUGGAUGUUGCUGAAGUCGUGGUCUCGUGGAAAGGACAAGUCUAACAGUGUCUGAAUAUAGAGCGGCAGUAUAGUGGUCCUGAUCCAGGAAGCUGGUUUGCCAACCUGCCGUAACAUGCUGACAUGCAAGUUGUUUCUAACUGUCGGAGUGAUGUGUAUAAUUCACUCACUGUGCAAGUUCCCUGUAAUCUUCUGUUUUUCUCUGAAUGCGUACCAUUAGAAGAAUUUGCAUUUGAGUGGGUUGUUAUUCUACUUUUUAGAAUUUAGUGUAUGUUAUAUUGUACUGUACCCACUCAAAUUCACUCACUGUGCAAGUUGCAUGUUAUCUUCUGUUCCCCUCUGAAAGUGCACCACGGGAAGAAUUUGCAUUU